UGCGACAAGAGAACACGGCAUGGCGAUGACAACCCUUGCUCGGAGUGCCGCUGGUUCGGUGGAGAGAAUCGUAUCUGCAGUCUUUCAAGAGACACCAGCUACAACGACCAGCUGUGGGCGCAGAUGAUGGGGAACGGCAACAACGGCUAUAUCCUGCCUCAGCCCAAGCCCCGCGACCAAGCCAAGAAGAUCAAGAACAAAGGCGGCCCUCCUACCUUGCUUCUUGUCGUACCGAUGCCCAACUCUCGGGUCAGGCCCGACUGG